AACAACCCUGCCCGGGUUUGUUGUCAGCUGUUAUUGACGUAACUUUUACUUUCCAUUUAUUUUUCUCGAAUCAGAAAUAAAUCAAUCAAAGGCAGUUGGUACACAAACGAAAUGGUCCGCCCAGCAGUCGUAAACCUGGCCAAGCGUGUGCCACUCAUCCACUUCCGUAAGGGAGGUGCAGGUUCUGCACCAGCUGCAGGAAACCAGCAGGCAAGUUCCAAGCCAGCAGGAGGCAAAAAGGCGGCGGGAGGCCCCGCUAUCGAGGACUACGAUCUUCCGGCUAGAUUUGCUCGCAAGCCCAUCUCUCCUGAGGAGGCUGCGUACAUCAACAACGGUGGACCUCCGAAUUAAUGUUCCAGGGUUUAAAAUUGAAAUGUGUUUUGAAAAUUUUAAGCUUCAUUGGCAGCACAUGAGUCACCAAGCAAGCUUCAUAUGUUUAGUAAAUUGUUUAAAUUAAAAGGAGAAUUAAACUAAGACUAGUUUUAUGCAUUAAAAGUUUCCGGCAAAGCCUAA